AUGGCUGCGCCGCCCGAGCUUAGAGUGCUCUGCCGCCGGUUGGAGGCAACACCUGUCGACGACCUCCCGCGCAUCUGCCCGCUCCUCGUCAGCCAUGUGUUGCGCUGCGGCACGGCUCUCUCUGUGCCCCAGGACGCUAAGGCAAAGGACAAGUUGUCCGAGACGUCAAUGCUGGUUCACAAACUUCGAACGCGCAUCAACACUCUCCUGGCUGGCAAGAACCCUUCGGGCCGCUUCGCCGCCGUGUGUUUGAUCAAGGCCGUCGUCGAUGUCGGCGGAUGGGAGUGCCUGCGGGCCGCUGAAUCCUGGCUCAGAAACAUGAUCGGGGUGCUGCAGAAACCCGACCCCCUCGCCACCAAGGAGCUGUGCAUUGUGGCCCUGACCAAGAUCUACAUGCUGCUCCAGAGCUUCCCGACCCUGAUCCGGGAGAUGGCCACCCCAACCCUCCCGAGCUAUGUUUCGGCUUGUUUGCAGCUAAUCAAGCCUCCGGCCUCGGGCAAACCGCUCAAGGUGCCCGCAGCCUUCGUCGAUACCGUUGCCUGUUCCCUGUCCAAGCUUGUGGUCCUCUACCCAACCACUCUGCGUCCGUCCGCCGGGGACAUGAAGGCUGCCCUCCGUGCGUAUAUUGCUCCCACUUGGUCUGAUAAUUUUGUUGUUCCCGAGAGCCUUAGGGAGAGUUGUCGCCGCCUGCUUGUUCUUCUCUCGUACACGGCAGCCAAGAACGGGAGCAGCGAGGAAUGGGCCAAAGGUUUUCGGUCAACCGUCCAGCACUGCCAUGCCACAGUCGACCAGAUCUUCCGCGCCGUGAUCGAGUCCUGGGAAUCGGCUACAGGCUAUCGAAGCCAAGCAGCACGUUCCGGGGCAGACCCUUCCGGCGGAGGCGAUACCGCCGAAGAAUACCCCCCCUGGACCGGUGUACAGGCCGGCGCCGAGAGGCUCAUUGGCCUACUGGAAUUCCUGGCCGAAUAUUUUAACAACCCCACCAAGACGCCCGUCACAGUCCCUCUUGGAGAGCUACUUGAUCUAGCGUCGAGAAUAACACUGGUGACGGCACCCUCCGGGCCAGAGGACUCUGUUCAGACGAAUCCCGCCAUCGGAAGGGACGAAAAGGCUGAGUUAUGGAGUGUGCUGCCAGACAUCCACAUCGCCGUCCUGCGCCUGCACCAGGCGCUGAUCCGCCGCCUGCGCGAAAACGUAGUCCCACUCGCAACCGACAUACUCGACCAGAUGGUCCGCGUCUCCAGCGCCAGCCGCCACAUCCGCACCAUGCGCGAGACCGCCUACGUCCUUACCGACCAGCUCCUCUCCCUCUGCGGCCCAGCCCUUCCCAAGCUAACCGUCGAUUCCCUCGCGCCCCUCAUCCAGUCCACUUGCUGCGAUAUCCUGCUCUCAACGGGCCACCUCGAACCCCCCAACCCGGCGCAGCAGCAACAAGCCCCACCCAACGGCACCACCACCACUACUACCACGAAAACCAACCAGAAGCCCAACGCCAACACCACAGCCUCCGCAAACGCAGACGCCUACCUCACCACCACCUCCACCAACUCAUCCGCCUCCUCCCUCUCUCCCACCCCGCUCAUCAGCGCCACGCACACCAAGGCAGCGACAUCCCUCCUCCCGCUCUUCCUCUCCCACCUGCCGCAGUCCCACCUGGCGCCGGACCUCCGCGCCCUGCUGGACCGCACCGCCAUCCUCUCCCACAGCCGCGACGCCAUGCUCGCCAGCUGUCUGCACCCGUACAAGGAUUCCCGCGGCCGCUAUUACCCUAGCAUCCUGCCCUUCGUCGUGAGGCGGUUCCCCCAGGACCAGACGGUCGAGGUGCUGAGGAGUAAUCUUGUUCGUGGGCCGGGUGGUGGGAGGGGUGGUGUGGGUGGAGAGAUGAGGGAUGAGGAUGUGCGGGUUUUGGUGGGGGGGCAGCAGCAGCAGCAGGAGGAGGAGGACGGUGGUACGGGGCAAGAGGGGAAGGGGAAGAAGGCAGGCGGGGUUGGUGGUGGCUGGGCUGAGGAGAAGAUGGAUCUUGAUGAUGACGGUUCUGGGCCGGCAUCGAUGGCGCCGGAGAGCGUGAACGCCUUUGCCGCCAUCGUAAGCAGCACCACCACCGCCACCGCCACCGCCGGCGCUCGGGAGAGGCAAGACGAGCUGGGACGGCCGGCAUCCCCGCUCAAGCGCAAGAGCGAGCAAUUUGAGUCGGAUGUAGGCAAGCCGCCAAAGCGGGUCGAUACCGGCAAGGAAGCCGCGGCGAAGGUGCAGAUGGCUGUCAUGCCCAAGGCUCAACCGGUUCAAGAAAAGAGGGAUGAGGAGAGUGGGGAUGAGAGUGAUAGUGACGAGAGCGUGCAGAUUGAUAUGACGCUGGACGAUGAUGAUGAGGAGGAAGAGGGUGACGAGGAGUGA